GCAUGCGCAGUACGUGUAGGAACUUGUCCCCACUUGAGUGGACAGAAACGAAUGAAUGAAUCGUGAGGGUUUCCUUUAAUUUAAUGAGUGAUUUACGGGUUUUAUAUGUGCUGUAAGUGUCAGUUCAUGCUUUUAUCGCAAGGUUUAGCGAGACGACUAUAAAUUAUAUGUACAGCUAUCGUUAAUAGCUAGCUUAGCCAAUGAAAAAAAGCCACGGUUCACUUGUGCAGCAUUUGGGGCAAUAAAAACAAACACGGUAUGGAUUAUGAGGAAAAGGCUAAUUCUGUUGCUGAUCGUCUUUUAAGCUACAGGAAAGACGAGUCCGGCUGGAAAAUCUGUAAGAAAUCGAACGAUGUUGUUGUUUCUUGGCGACCUUCCUCUGAAUUCCCUGGAAAUGUUUAUAAGGGAGAGGGGAUAGUCAAAGGCAGUCCACAGAAAGUCUGGGAGUGUUUGAAACCAGAUCCAAAUGGGCUUCGUCUCAAAUGGGACAACAAUGUGAAGAAGUUUGAGCUCCUUGAACAAGUUUCUACAGAUGUCACUGUAUGCAGAACUGUCACUCCCUCAGCUGCUAUGGGCGUUAUAUCGCCACGAGACUUUGUAGAUGUUAUUUUAGUCAAGCAAUAUGAAGACGGCACGAUUACAUCAAAUGCAACUCAUGUGAACCAUCCAGCUUGUCCUCCCCAGCCUGGCUACGUGCGCGGCUUUAAUCAUCCAUGCGGAUGCAUUUGUGUGCCUGUACCAGGGGAAGCAGGUAAAACCCAGCUCAUCAGCUUCUUCCAGACCGAUCUUGGAGGUUUGCUUCCUCGUUCCGUCGUGGAUUCAUUCUUCCCUGGCAGUAUGACUGACUUUUACACGAACCUCACUAAAGCUGUUAAAUCACUCAAAUAGCACUAAAGGCACUUUCUCUAGAAUGUCCACUUCCAUAAAUGUUCAACAAAAUGGUAUAUUCUGUUGCUUGCUGUGUUUCCCAGUGAGCACCAUCUGACCAUAUUUAAAAUUUUAAGUCAGCCCUGACCCGGGCCUUGAUCUGACCUCUAAAAUAUGUCAUUUUUAUUCCAUUUUAAGUUUGACCUCUUGUGUGUGACCAGAACAGCUGCUUUUUCUGAAACCAUUUAUUUUAACUGAAAUUUGAACAACGUCUAAACAUUAUUUUGCUCACUGGGUUCACAUUUAAUUUUCAUUGGUUUUUAAGUGUGUUAUAUAAUUUCAGAAGGUGCAGAACAGAAAAGUAACUUCUCUGAAUGUUUGUCAAAAAUGGCUGUCAAAAACUUUUACAGCAAAAUCACAUGCCAAAUCAUAACCUUCGGUGAUUAUACAAUGCAGUAUACUAUCUGGAGCUAGUUAUAACUGAUAAGAAGCUAACCAACUGACAAGCUAUCCAAGUGAACAGUGAAUGCCAAGUUACGUAUUCAGAACCUUUUAAUUUACAUUUUUAUCCAAACACUUAAAAAUAUAUAAAAAGGGAAUUGGCCACAUUUACAGUACUGUGCAAAAAUCUUAGGCACCCUAUUUUUUUGUACAAUCUUUCUUAUAACUUUUAUUUUAUGAAUUCUACAUUAUCGAGUCAGUACAAAAACAUUUUAGAUUCCCAAACAUUAGUUUUCUAGCACAAAAUUAAAUGUUACAGAAAAAUGUAAAGAAAGCAGCAUGUUAUGUAAGAGACAACUUUUCAAACAAAAACAUAAUGAAGGCUGCUGGGUUUUGCUGCAAAAAUAAGAAGCAAGUGCAACAGUCAAAGUCUCCAGAAGAACCGUAGCUGGUUCUGCAAGACUCUCAAUAAAACUUACCAGCUCAUUUCCUUAUAAAACUGCACUAAUUGUACUGGAGACUACUAAUAAAAAUUUUUGAAAGCAAAUGGUUGUCACACAAAUAUCGACUUUGUUUCAUAAUUUUUUUCUGUUUCUUACUCUUAAUAGUAUUCUUUUUUUAAUGUAGAAACUUUUAAUUUCAUUAUGUUUGAAGGCAUCGUUGCUCUUCAGCAUUUCUUUGCCUGUGCCUAAGACUAUUGC